UCAGACUCUCUCUUCCCAGCUCCCCAGCUCCCCGGCUGGCUCCCAGGCUCCCGGGCUCCCGGGCGCCCAGGCUUGCAGCGCCCGGUGGCGCCGGAGCCCUUUCUGUCCGCCUAGCCGAGGCGGGUGGGCGGCAGGCCGCAGGAGGCGGUGUCGUGGAAUCCGCCGGCAGUCCGCAACCCCGCAGAGCCUGGAGGCCGCCCUGAUGGAGCCACAGCUCCCGAUCGGAGCUCAGCCCCUGGCAGUGGUGGAGGGUUUGGAGAUGAAGGGUCCCUUCCGGGAGCCCUGCGCCCUGACCCUAGCCCAGAGGAACGGGCAAUAUGAGUUAAUAAUCCAGUUGCAUGGGAAGGAACAGCAUGUUCAAGAUAUCAUCCCUAUAAAUAGCCACUUCAGAUGUGUUCAAGAAGCAGAAGAAACUCUUUUGAUUGAUAUUGCUUCAAACAGUGGCUGCAAAAUUCGGGUGCAGGGAGACUGGACCAGAGAGCGCCACUUUGAAAUUCCUGAUGAAGAACACUGCUUAAAGUUCCUCUCAGAAGUUCUUGCGGCUCAGGAAGCUCAGUCACAGCUUCUUGUUCCAGAACAAAAAGAAUCAUCUAGCUGGUACCAGAAAUUAGACACUAAGGAUAAACCUGCUUAUUCAGGGCUGCUUGGAUUUGAGGAUAAUUUUUCAUCUAUGAAUUUAGAUAAAAAAAUGAACACACAAAACCACCCCACAGCGAUCCAUCGGGAACCGCCCCCUCCACCUCCUUCAGUGAAUAGAAUGCCUCCACGUGAAAAGGAAGCUUCAAACAAGGAGCAGCCCAAGGUGACCAACACCAUGCGGAAGCUAUUUGUACCAAAUACCCAGUCUGGCCAGCGAGAGGGUCUCAUCAAACAUCUCCUUGCAAAGCGAGAAAAAGAAUAUGUCAACCUCCAAUCCUUCAGAUUUUUUGUUGGAACUUGGAAUGUGAAUGGCCAGUCUCCAGAUAGCAGCUUAGAACCUUGGCUGAACUGUGAUCCAAAUCCUCCUGAUAUUUACUGCAUUGGAUUCCAAGAGCUGGAUUUGAGCACAGAAGCCUUUUUCUACUUUGAGUCUGUAAAAGAGCAAGAAUGGUCCAUGGCUGUGGAAAGGGGUCUGCCUUCAAAGGCCAAGUAUAAAAAAGUUCAACUAGUCCGCCUUGUGGGGAUGAUGCUUCUUAUAUUUGCCAGAAGAGAUCAGUGUCGGUAUAUCCGUGAUAUUGCUACAGAAACAGUGGGAACGGGAAUCAUGGGGAAAAUGGGAAACAAAGGUGGAGUAGCUGUACGAUUUGUAUUUCAUAACACCACCUUCUGCAUUGUCAAUUCCCACCUGGCCGCCCAUGUGGAAGAAUUUGAAAGAAGGAAUCAGGAUUACAAAGACAUCUGUGCAAGAAUGAGUUUUGUGGUUCCCAAUCAGGCUGUGCCACAACUGAACAUCAUGAAGCAUGAUGUUGUCAUUUGGUUGGGAGACUUGAACUACAGACUUUGCAUGCCUGAUGCCAAUGAGGUGAAAACUCUUAUUAAUAAAAAUGACCUUCAGAAGCUCUUGAAAUUCGACCAGUUGAACAUUCAGCGCACACAGAAAAAAGCCUUUGUGGAUUUCAAUGAAGGGGAAAUCAAGUUUAUUCCCACUUACAAGUAUGAUUCUAAAACUGACAGAUGGGAUUCCAGUGGGAAAUGCCGAGUUCCAGCCUGGUGUGACCGAAUUCUUUGGAGAGGAAUAAAUAUUAAUCAACUUCAUUACCGGAGUCACAUGGAACUCAAAACUAGUGACCACAAACCUGUUAGCGCCCUGUUCCACAUUGGGGUGAAAGUUGUGGAUGAACGGAGGUAUCGGAAGGUCUUUGAAGAUAUCGUACGCAUUAUGGACAGAAUGGAAAAUGACUUCCUUCCUUCAUUAGAACUUAGCAGGAGAGAGUUUAUGUUUGAGAAUGUGAAGUUUCGGCAGCUGCAAAAGGAGAAGUUCCAGAUCAGCAACAAUGGACAGGUUCCCUGCCAUUUUUCUUUCAUCCCUAAACUUAAUGACAGCCAAUACUGCAAGCCAUGGCUUCGAGCUGAACCUUUUGAGGGCUACUUGGAGCCAAAUGAGACAGUGGACAUUUCCCUUGAUGUAUACGUCAGCAAAGACUCUGUAACCAUCCUGAACUCUGGUGAAGAUAAGAUUGAAGAUAUUCUCGUCCUUCAUCUGGAUCGCGGCAAAGAUUACUUCUUAACCAUCAGUGGGAAUUACCUCCCAAGUUGCUUUGGUACAUCCUUAGAGGCUUUGUGUCGAAUGAAAAGGCCAAUCCGAGAAGUUCCUGUCACCAAACUCAUAGACUUGGAAGAAGACAGCUUCCUAGAAAAGGAGAAAUCCCUUCUGCAGAUGGUCCCCUUGGAUGAAGGUGCCAGCGAGCGACCCCUUCAGGUGCCCAAGGAGAUCUGGCUUCUAGUAGAUCACUUAUACAGAUAUGCAUGUCACCAGGAGGACCUGUUCCAAACCCCUGGAAUGCAGGAGGAGUUACAGCAGAUCAUUGAUUGUCUGGAUACCAGCAUUCCUGAGACAAUCCCUGGCAGUAACCACUCUGUGGCUGAAGCACUGCUCAUUUUCCUGGAAGCCCUGCCCGAGCCCGUCAUCUGUUACGAGCUCUACCAGCGAUGUCUUGACUCUGCUCACGAUCCUCGGAUCUGCAGACAGGUAAUUUCCCAGCUUCCAAGAUGCCAUAGAAAUGUUUUCCGCUACUUGAUGGCAUUCCUUCGUGAACUCUUAAAAUUCUCUGACUACAACAAUGUCAGCGCCAACAUGAUCGCUACUCUUUUCACUAGCCUUCUCCUAAGGCCUCCACCAAACCUCAUGACAAGACAGACUCCAAGUGACCGCCAGCGUGCCAUCCAGUUCCUUCUGGGCUUCCUGCUCGGGAGUGAGGAAGACUAAGGCUUUUCCUAUCUGAGAUCCUAGAAGAGGAAUAUCUUGGGCUCCAAGUAUUUCAGAAUGAUUUGAAAAGUCCUGACACAAAAAGGGUCUACUGCAGGAUCUUAAGUUCUAUUAAUAUUACAAAGGGAAGAGUUUCUUAAUCCCUCCUCACCAUAUCCUCCUACACAGCAAAAUCCUUUUAGACAUAUAUUGCAAAGCCAAAGUUACCAUAUUUUGGUGUUUUGUGUUUACUCUUUGUAAAGCAAAGAGGUCUGUAUUUACACUCCUUUACCUAGGGCUGUGUUUUCUGCCCUGCUUCCCAGUCAUCAUGAUUAUCUGUAAUACCCUAGGCCUGGAUUGUGAGGCACUCCCAGUCUAGGCCUACAAGCACUACUUGCUGUAACUCAGACUUGUCUGGAGUCCUUUGGAUCAUGCACUUUGGAUCCACCCUCAUCCCAUGUCACUACUUCACACUCCUCCUCCAUCCAUUCUGUCACUUUGAAGGAAGCCUGGAUGAGGCUAGUGACUCCAUGGGUAGCCUCAUCAGCGAGGCUCACUGUCUACAUGUUCCAUGCAUUUGUGCAUUUCUACUACAAUGUCUGUGUCACUGUAACGUUGGCCUUCUUGUGGAUCCGCACUUGGUGGAGCCCAAUUCCCUUGUCUCAGAUCAUAUUAGCUUACAUAAUUUUAUGACUGUAGAGAUGGCAUCCCACUGAUGUGAGAAAAUCACAAUAGCCAGGAAAGCACUGUGAGUAUUUUGGGAGUGAAAAUGUCCAUGCUUGGCAGUCCUGCCUCCUACUUCCCUUUACCUGUUCGUAUCCACACUUGACAUGAGGAGUAAUCCUGGAUGUUAGGGAACCCAUCUCCCACUAGAAACACGCUUCCAGAAUAAUGUUUGCAUCACAGUCGAAAAAGGAGCCUGUGCACCUCAAGUGAGGCCCCUGGAUCUUUCCCCCUCCCCCAGACCAAAUAUUGAGGGGAACCCUCAGAUCCCUUUCUCCUAUCUUCUGAAGUAUCAGGGGGAGACAUUGCCCUCUCUCAGCAGGGCUGACUCUGGGCUCCAUAUCUGGCUCCUUCUAGUAAAGAAUUUAAAGACUGCCCUUGCCUCCUAGUUACUCGAGUUAUCUAGUGCUGUGUAAGAGAGACUGGUCAGUGGGACCAGCCACACACAUUACCUCUCCCACCUUCAACGACUCUGAGGUUUUCAUUUCAUUCAAGCCUUGCGGAACCGACAGACUUCCUAAAACUAGUCUGUUGGUUGACAGCUACUGACUGCAGACUGCCUGGUGAAAUUGGCUUGCUUGGUUGUCUUUCAGUGAAACCAACCCAAGUUGUCUCUUGGUUAAGUUACACCAAAUUAACAUGGGGUGUAAGGAACUUGUAUAAGGCUUGGGUACUGAUUCCAUGACUCUUGUAGCAUCCACGAGAGGGCCAGGGAAACAUCCACCAUCAAAUGGUUUUCCAGUUCCCUCAUCUCCUCAAAAUUGAGUUCUUUGGAGAACAAAAGGUAUGUAUCCUGCAAUAGACCGCUUAAGCCCUUACCCAAAUGAGAGUUGGAAAAUCGGAGGCAGAGUGUUGGGGCCAGCUCACUGAAGAUCUGACUGGUAAACAGUUAGUUAGUGGAAGACUGAGAGGGAAGAGUCUUGUCACACCUAUUAGGCCGGAAAGUACCACCAAAAAAGCAGAUGAUAGGGGCUAGGGCAAGGUGGUCCACAGGGAAAUGCCUCUCCUGUGCCCAUUUUAUAAUAUCUUGCCAACCUUGGGUGUUUGGGUGACCAAGAAUAUGGUUAGUAGGGGCUCUGUGAGGCAUGCAUGUAGUGUCCUUCCUUCAUCAGGCCAAAGCACCAACUUGCUUCACUGCCUCAACCUUUUGUCCAGCUUGGCCUGGGAUGUAUAUAGGGUUGAGGGUUUUAGACAAUCUCCAGUAGGGGAUACAAAGUAGAUCAGAUGGAAGAAACCUGCUUCCCUAGCCUGCCUUAUUCAGCACGCCAACCUCUAAUCCCUAAUUCCUCCAAGGUACUGUUUCAUACUUCUUCUUAGUUAAGGAUUUCAGAUCCAGCUGGUAGGGAAGGACACAGCACCUAGUGUCUUAGGGAAGAAAUGAUUCCCAUCUGUUGGCUGAUAGUGCAUUGGUUUCCCUUCUACUCUUUUCUGAUUCUUAACCGGAAGUUCUUUGUUAUAUUUCACAAAAAUGUCUUGGUCACUAAGCAAAGCUGCUAGUGGGAUUCUGUAUUUUGUGUCAUCUUUUUUAUUAUUAUAAUUUAUUGCAAUUUUUCUGAAUAAAUAUAUGUUGUGUGAAAAAUCA